CCAGCAAUGUCACCAAGAGUGUGUUAUUCUCCAGCCUUGCCCUAGGGAACAAUAUAAACUAACAUUAUCUGGCGCUUUCUUAUUCCUUGACUUGGUUUCAUCGUCAUAUACCCUUGUUUCUAGCUUUGUAGCAGUUGGUUUUCUCUAAAUCAUUCUUCCAUUCGCUCUGUUUUCGUCCCAUUAUCCUGAAAGAAAGGCCUAUCACCAUAUGGUAUUUGCCUUGAACUUGAAAAUAGAGUCUAUUCUCCACUGACGGCGCCAGGUCAGUCCAUUCUAGGUAUACAGUACGUGCCCUUCUCAUAUCCUCUGAUCCUAAGUUUGAGGAUAACGAACGACCGUCUAGGGGAUCAAAAAAGGGCUACUUGACCAUUAGUGUUGCUAACUUUAUCGGAAGCUAUGGAUGAAGAAGAACGCCAGAGGCGUAUGCAGGAGCUUCAAAUGGCGGAUUUGGGCAGUGCACGCCGUGAAUAUAUAUCGACCGUUGAUGACGCCCCGAACAAGUACCGCCAUGUUGGGUUGGAUCAGAUCGAGGCCAUGCGGGCAGCCAACAUGAAGGGUUCUAAAGUGCAGAAAUUGGCAGAAGCCAACAAGACUCAGUUAAGUGCCUGGAACAACGCGCACCAAACAAUUGGGGGUGAUGUCCAGUUGGAAGAUCUGGAUAGCAUGAUGUCCGGACAGAGUCACCGUGCCCAGCUCUGUGAUUUGAUUCAAUCAAAAGGUGGACAGAAGUAUAUUCACGGCCCAACAGCUCCUCCCAAUGGGCGCUCCAGAAGUACCCAGCCGCCCAGAGGUUCCAGGGGAAUUGGGCGUGGUGGAGGAGUAGCGGGAAGCCGCGCCCGUGGCAACUUUUCAAGAACAUCAUUUGGCCCCCAAAGUACUCCUUCACCGUGUGUGCUUGGGUCUGGUGGAGGCCACGCUGUUGAAAGCACCCCAGACCGGCGCCGAUGUCUGGACCCUGCACGCUCCGACGCGGCUGAGAAUUUCCGUGAAAAAGACACCAAGAUAGGGAAAGCAGGAGUUACUCCACGGACCCCUAGAAGUGAUAGAGGCUCCGGUGGACUAGGCCGUCCAGGCAUGGUUAAAACCAGACGGGUUGUUGAUCCAAGCGCCAACUCUGAGGCAAUGUUCGCCGACCCAUCAGACUUCAUGGCAGUUGCGAAAGUACAUAAUGCUUCUUGCCCUUCUGAUCCCCCUAAGCCAACGCGGAAUGCAGCAGCCCAGCCUAUGACUCCAUCCAAUCAAACCAAGCAAGAGAAUGCCGCUAAGGAAGAAGUGUGCAUUCAGGAAGGAGCUUCACAUAAUGGAGUGCUGGAAGAACACAUUAAAGGGGGAACUCAAAAGCGAAAAAAUGAAGAUACUAUUAGCGCCACGCUCGCGAAUGACCUACAGCUCAAAGGAACUAUAUUACCGGAGCACGAUGCAAAGUCAACUUCGGGAAAUACUUGGGCUAUUCAAGUAGAUAGCCUCCCCUCUGGUGGUAUUGGACCUGGGCAGACUGACUUUGGUAAACUAAAGACAGAUAAAAGGUUUAGAUCAAGCCUUCCUCAGCCAAUUCAUGCAUCAGAAGAGUCGACACUCCUGAUCGACCUGAUGCGGAAAAGUCGAUCACCUUCAAACCCAGCAUCCGCCAUUCGCCCUCGACAUAUGGAUUCAGGAACCAAUAUAGCUCCUAUGUCAUCCUUUCUGACUAAUACUCCUCCGUCCAUGCGGAUGUUGCUGCCGGAAAUACCAACCAGCUCGGCUGGUGCAAAAGCAGUUGGGAACUCUCAGAAUGGAACUAGCAAUGCAGCUCUGAAGGCUGCACUCGACUUGCUUAUUGACAGGCUACAGAGAGAACUGCACCAAGUGAACCAGAUUAUUGAGGAUACUCCCGGGCCUAUCGAGCUCACAGGUAUAGGAAUUUAUUUGCUAAAGCGGAAGCAGCAAUUAGAAAGCGAAAUAGCGGAAGCAAUUGAGAUGGAGAGUGAUAUUGUACUCCCGUUCAGUGCAUUGACAUUAGAAGACCCUUCUCAUAAGGAGCCAAAUGAGGAGCAUAAUGUCUCUCAAGAAAUGCCCAUCCCAAAGGUCCCAGUUGUUUCCAUGGAUAAAAAGGAGGUAGCUCCGCUGAUUCCUGGAUCGGGGUCUACAGCGAUGUCGUUUGGCAAGCCAAAUGUUGGCCCCCAGGAAGUUCUGCUCAUGUCCAACAACACACCACCGAUUCCUACACCCACUUUAUCUACUUUCACUAACUCAGUACACGAUAUUAUCGGUGACCAUUUAUUGCCAGGAAGGAAUCCUUCGAGCAUCAAAUCAGAUCUAGAAACGCCAAAAGUACUAAGUGGAAACAGUAGCCUUCAUGACUUUUCCACCCCCCCUGCUGGUCCUGCAACUGGAGAAGCAAGGCCGGCGCCGCAUGGUGCAGUAGCGUUUGAUCAUAGUUCCUCUGUUAACCAACUACAAGUGCGAGAUACGCCUAAUAUCCCGGACAACGCAAUAACUCGACAAUAUUUGGAAUCUACUUCUGAGACAAGUAAGCGCUCAACUGAACCACGGAAUUUGCCUCUAAAUGGGCAGCGGAAUCACCAUUUGUUGACUGCGACACAGCAGUUAUCAAGUUUUGCAAUUCAUCCCCUGGAGCAAAGCAGCGAACCGCCCUCUCCCAUUUGCUACAUGACUGCAGUAGUACAAUCCCCUGUCGCACCAUACCAACCUAAGCCUGCUCCCCAGGGCCCACAGUGCGUCUCUUCUCCAGGGCUGGGGGUACCGCCUAAACCGAGUGAAAUCAAGCCCAUUGCACGGAACUUUGCUCCUAAGUUUCCUAUGUCAGCGGCAACGAUGCAAUAUUCCGGAGCAUUGUUCCAACGUCAGGAACAAAAUGCAGUACCAAAGUCUCCUGACACUACAACACCAUCUUGCCACAACCCACCUGUUGACCCUAGUAAGCCUAUCACUCCAGCCUUUGUGUCCAGGUUCCCAGUGUCAGCCGCAACUUUGCAAUACUCCGGGACGAUAUCCCAUGCUAGCAUUCAAGCAACAGACCCCCCGCCGCCAGCAGGACAGGAAGGUCGCAACGCUUCUACUUGGACUAGAAAAUUCCAAAUGGGCUACACCAGCAGAUGCACCUACUUCACCCAAAGGGGCGAGCAAGGGACGGCCAUCACCCAGACCAAGAAAAGAUGGAAAAGGUAUUGAUAUGUUUAUCGCAGAGAUGGCAAAGCAUCAAGUCACAGUGUCCCAACGCACCAUGGAGGAGUCGACAACUAAUAGCGGGCCGUCGAAGCGCCAGAAGGAGUCCCCUGGCCUUGCGAGCUCUAAAUGGGCUAGCUAGAUUAGGUUUAUCAAUGCUUGGUGCCGAGCUACGGAGUCUAGAGUGAACGAGGGGAAGAAGUAUGAACUUUGGCUGAAGAUGCGGUUACCCAUAACUGUGUCCUAAUUUGCGUUCCCAGCGUGUUAUCCGUUUUCUUUGCCCAUGAUUGAUGAUCUGCCCUUGCAAUUACCCCCUUCCACCGGCUGUAUUGCAACACCCAUGGAGUAUCAUUCUGUGAACUCUCCAUGAAUAUUCCCGAUGUUGUUUAUUAGAUGCGACCCACAGUUUAGUUUCUCGCAAGUAAUAAUAGCCCUGCACUCUGCACUUUUCUUUUCUUUUCUUUUCUUUUCUUUUCUCUGUGUUUUUGUUUUUUUGUUCUGCGCCCCUUUUCACCUUCCUUUUUUUUAAAAAAGAAAACGCCAAAGUACCAAACCCGUUUCCUUAAUAUUUCCAGCCAAAAAAAGAGGUACUUUUUGAUUUGUUCGAAUGCACAAGCCAAACGUCCCUAUGGACUCUCUAAUAUUACUUUGAAAAAUUUCCGAUUCUACAAAGCUUCCGCAUUGUACACUUUGGUACUCAAUUGUUUCAAAUCAAUGUAAACUGUUUGUUGAUAGGUUUCACUGAUAUACGCAUAGAUUUCGUUCUUCAGCUAAGAAUAAAUAUAGGGGCCAUAUCCACGUUAAUCACCAGGGACUCCAACGAGAGUACUAUAACGGGACAUGGAUCACCAGGAUGAACGGUCGAAGUUGGAGGAGCCUUACAGCAAUCAGAACCUGUAAGCCACCAUGGCAGUAUUGGUAUCCAGAAACGUAUGUUCUGUUAUGGCCAAAAAUUUAUAUCACAAGUGCAUCAGUGAUAUGUAAUCGAAAUAAUUAAUGACUACUAUUGGUCCACCUGGUUUCCCUCAACGGAUGGAAAUCAGAGGAGAAACAGGAGGAAGGAGGGGAAGCUGCAGCGACCAACUAUAGGAAAUGAAAAAAAUUCAUGUUCCAUUUUGC